AUGGUAUUACAGUACACGAGUACAGCUGUUGACCCACCUGUAACGCUCCUGAGAGGUGUAGACAGCUAUGAAAAUGAUGAACUUAUUGAAAAUAUGUUACCUGAAGAUGUGUGGUUUCAUGUGGAUAGCCUCUCAUCAGCACAUGUGUAUCUAAGGUUAAAAGAGGGCCAAACAAUUGAUGAUAUACCUAAACAAUUGUUGGAAGACGCAUGUCAAUUGGUUAAAGCAAACAGUAUUCAAGGAUGUAAAUUAGCUGAAGUUAAAGUAGUGUACACAAUGUGGUCAAAUCUUAAAAAAUUACCUGGCAUGAAACCUGGGGAAGUGGCAUUUCUGAAUCCAAGUAGUGUAAAAAAGGUUAAUGUGAAAAAAGAGAAGACUAUUGUCAAUAGAUUACAGAAGACCGAAAAAACUAUAGUAAUUGAUUACGAGAGUGCAAGGGCUGAGAGGGAACGAAAAGAAAUUGAAAAGAAGAAAGCAGCAAGAAAAAUUAAUUUAGAAAACAAAAAAGAAGAAGAGCGUAAAAAUCGUGAAGCUGCUGAACUAAAGUCUUACUCAUCUCUUAUGAAAACUGAAAAUAUGACAGCCAACACUGACUACUCUGGCUACGAUUCGGACAGUUUUAUGUAA